AUGGACAAGGCAAGAGUUGGAGGAUGGUGCAAACGGAGGGAAGACACUGUGAGUCAAAGAGCCAUCGAUUUAAAGGGAUGUGCCUCAGCGACCAUAACUGUGCUUCGGUUUGCCAUGUUGAAGGCUUCAAUAGUGGAAAGUGUGGCGGAUUUCGUAGACGCUGUUUCUGCACCAGGCACUUGUUGUAUGUUUCGCUUUCAUGGCACCAAAAGCAGUGAAACUGCACCUUUUUCAUCUCUUUCUUGUAGUAUUAUUACUGCUAAUGUUGUUGUUGCUGUUUUGUCCUUGAAGAUUGUCUUGCUUGCCGUUAAGGGUUUGAACUUUGACUCUGGGGCCAUGUAUAGUGAUAGACUAUUUGUUUACCAUGUUCCCAAAACAUUGAAUAGGGCCACAUCACGAGAUCUCUCACUGCCAGUGGUCAUUCCAAUGGAUGAUGAGGUGGGAGAAGCAUGUGGGGAAGGAGGUGGGUCACCAACCUUGCAGAUUCUUCCCCUUAUUUUAAAGGGUAAUUUUGUUGUAGUGCUUCUAGAAGCAACAAAAAACUAA